AUGGACACAACCGUCAGCAAUGGCAAUGGCGUCAGAAACGUCCCCAGGGAUGGCGACUACAUCCAGUGGGACUCUCUCCCGCCCGGAGGCGCACUCAACCGAUGGAGUCACAGCAUGACCAAGGGACACGACUAUGUCGGCGCUCAGGCAAUGCUAUACGCCGCUGGAGUCCCUGACGGCGAGGCCAUGAGGAACGCUCCACAUGUUGGCAUCUCAACCGUGUGGUGGGAGGGAAACCCUUGCAACACACACUUGAUGGACAUGGGCAAGAUCGUCAAGAGGUCUGUGGAGAAGCAGGGCAUGCUUGCCUGGCAGUUCAACACCAUUGGCGUGUCGGAUGGCAUCACAAUGGGGAGCGAGGGAAUGCGCUACUCUCUCCAGUCAAGGGAGAUCAUAGCCGACUCGAUCGAGACGGUGACUUGUGCCCAACGCCAUGACGCAAACAUCUCCAUCCCCGGCUGCGACAAGAACAUGCCCGGCGUCAUCAUGGCCGCCGCACGCCACAACCGGCCCUUCAUCAUGGUCUACGGCGGCACCAUCAACAAGGGCCACUCCUCCCUGCUCGACCGCGAGAUCAACAUCUCGACGUGCUACGAGUCGACGGGCGCCUACACCUACGGGAGGCUGCACGCCAAGUGCCCCAAGGCCAACGGCGACGCCGCCACCCCCGAGGACGUGCUGGAGGAGAUUGCCCAGCACGCGUGCCCCAGCGUUGGCGCCUGCGGCGGCAUGUACACCGCCAACACCCUCGCCACCGCCAUCGAGGUCAUGGGCCUCUCCCUGCCGGGGAGCUCCUCGUACCCGGCCACGUCCCCGGAGAAGGCCCGCGAGUGCGAGCGUGUGGCCGAGGCCAUCAAGGUCGUCAUGGCCAAGGACAUCCGGCCCAGGGACCUGCUCACCCGCGCCGCCUUCGAGAACGCCCUGGUCCUGACCAUGGUCCUGGGAGGCAGCACCAACGGCGUCCUGCAUUUCCUCGCAAUGGCAAACAGUGCCGACGUGCCCCUGACCCUGGACGACAUCGACAGGACGAGCAACCGGGUGCCCUUCCUGGCCGACCUGGCGCCCAGCGGCAAGCACUACAUGGAGGACUUGUACAGGAUCGGCGGCACGCCGUCGGUGCUGAAGAUGCUCAUCGCGACCGGCCUCAUCGACGGCUCCCUGAUGACCGUCACCGGCAAGACGCUCGCAGAGAACUGCAGCUCAUGGCCCUCCCUCGACCCCGGGCAGAAGAUCAUAAGGCCGCUCGACGACCCGAUCAAGAAGACGGGCCACCUCCGGGUGCUCAAGGGGAACCUCGCACCACAGGGCGCCGUGGCCAAGAUCACGGGCAAGGAGGGCCUGUCGUUCACGGGCAAGGCGAGGGUCUUCGACAAGGAGCACGAGCUCAACAGCGCGCUGCAGGGCGGGGACAUCAAGGUGACGGACGGAAACCUCGUCCUCAUCGUGCGGUACGAGGGGCCGCGUGGCGGGCCGGGCAUGCCGGAACAGCUCACGGCCUCGGCCGCCAUCAUGGGCGCCGGGCUCACCAACGUGGCGCUCGUCACCGACGGGCGCUACUCCGGGGCCAGUCACGGCUUCAUCGUGGGCCACGUGUGCCCGGAGGCGGCGGUGGGAGGGCCGAUCGCCAUGGUGAGGAACGGCGACGAGGUCCGCAUCGACGCGGUGGAGAACCGCAUCGACGUCCUCAACGCGACCGUCGAAGAGCUGAGGGAGAGGAAGAAGAGCUGGAGGCGGCCGGUCCAGAAGCCCCUCAGGGGUACUCUGGCCAAGUACGCUCGACUGGUGGGCGAUGCGAGCCACGGCGCCGUCACUGACUCGGCUGAGCCCUUGUACAGUGCAGAGUGGUGA